AUGUCCAAGCUGGCUGCAUACCCGGUGGUGAAAGAGUACAAGCUGGAGCAAGAGUAUAGGUUCGAGUUGCCGGAGAUGUACCGGAAGCUGGCCGAGGAAACUCUGCGCGAGACCGAUGAGAUUCGCGUGCAGGCACUGGCGCAUAUGCGUGAAUGGAUUGUGAAUAACAAGCACAUCCAUAAGGUGCGCAUGGACGAUUCGUUUCUGCUGCGAUUUCUGCGAGCCCAAAAGUUGUCCGUGGUGAUGGCGUGCGAAGCCUUGGAACGCUACCUGACGUGGCGCAAAAUGUAUCCAACGUGGGUUAAAGGAGCAAGCUUUGCGGAACCGAUCAUCCGGCAGAUCUACGAUGCAGGUGCUUUGUCAGUGCUGGGCCAGGACAGUGCUGGCCGUACGGUGAUUUUGAUUCAGACGGAGCCGUUGGCAAAUUGGAACACAACGCCAAUGGCUCGCGUCGUGAUGUUGCUAGUCGAAACGCUGCUCGAAUGGGAAGAAGUCCAAAUUGGAGGACUCUUGGUGCUGCUCGACUACACCGGCACCAGCAAGAAGUUGUUCGAGAUCUGGGGAAUGACCGAAUUGAAGAUAAUCAUGGAGGGCUUGUGCCGCGCAUACCCGUUACAGUACCGGGAGGUGCACGGGGCCUUGGUGCCCAAAAUUGGGAUCCCGGUUGUCGAACAGGCGCUCUCCUUCACUCCACCAAAGUUUCGUGAGCUUGUGCACUGUCAUGCAGCGGUUGAAGAUCUAUGGAAACAUUUGGAACCAUCGAUUACGCCGACAAAGUACGGAGGCACUUUGGACUUGGAUGCGGUCAACAAGAAGUUUGCCGACCGCAUUGAACAGCUCCAGAGCGUCGUGUUGGGACUGGACGAGAUGGAGAUUGACCUGGACCACUACUCGGCGCUGUGGGACGAACAGAAUCCGGACUUGAUGGAGGCGAAGGCGUUUAAAAAUUUGAGCUUCGAUUGA